AACAGCAAUGUAGGAUUGACGAUGCCGCCCGAGCGCGUGUGCCGUUUUGUCGUCUUCCUCCUGCUUUUGUGUUGCGCCAAGCGGACCUGCGGGAAAUCAGUGGCGGAUCCCGAGGUGCAGGUGAGGGUGAAGGUCUUCGACAGCGGCAACCUUUCGCCCCUGUCCAAUGCUGCCAUCGUUGUCCAUGGCAACCGGAGUGUGCUGGCAUCCAGCCAGGGGGCCAGUGAUGAUGCGGUAGUGGUGUAUUUCCAGUACCGUACGGGCACAUGGGUAAUCAUCACAGCAUCUCGAAAAGAUUACGUCACCAGCUCAGUGCCCUGGCACGCCAACAAAGUACCCUUAUUCUCCUCAGUCAGCCUGUACCUUCUGGCUCAAAGGCCAGGAACCCUCAUCCUCUAUGAUGAUGUCAUCCAUGUGUUUCAUGGCUCUCCAGGAGGGCGGAGUCAGCCGUGGCUGCACAUCCCAAGGCGGAGCUUGCAGUUGAACUCCUCCUUCUCUGAAAUGACUGCUGUUUUGACCACUGCCAGAGAUAUGAGUGAAAUCAAUUACUUCCCCUACCUCCUGGCCUUGGAACACAAUGUCACAGGAGGAGAGGACAUCUGGACAGAUUUGGCAGUAGUAGCUGCAGUCAGUGCCCAGCUGUUUGACCGAGAAGGCAGUGAGGUUCAAGUCACAGAGCCGGUUCAUUUCUCUGUUCCGUUGCCCUCGGACUCCCUUGUCCGGUCGCCCACCAGCAUACCUGUGUGGGUGUAUAAUAUGAACACAGGACUUUGGAUGAGAAAUGGGACUGGCUACAUCAGAAGAGACGGCUCUCAUUUUACAUGGGACUUCAUGGCUUCACGGUUAGGAUAUUGGAUAGCGGCCUUUCCCUCUGCAUCGGGACCUGGUUUGUCUCAUCCAAGCCUGAGGGACAUCACAACAUACCAUACCCUUAUCUUGCUCUCUAUACUGGGCUCUCUGGCUCUGCUUGUACUGGUACUACUCUGUGUUCUUCUUUACUACUGCAGACGGAGGUGUCUGAAGCCUCGGAGACAGCAAAAGCAGGGACAAGUCUCAACUGCCCUGUGCAACUCCAGAAGAGACCAGGGCACCUCCACCUCUCGCCUCAACCUUAUCUGUGGUGGUCAUGUUGAAGCCCCCUCCACCAAUGGUGACACAGAGGCCAGCAAAUCUGAUGCCUCUACAUCCCACGAAUACAAGAGUGCACGUGAAGAGUUUACCAAGCAUGUACCGGCACACAAACUCCGCCAUUCAUCCAAAAAUAAACAGUCCAAAGGAGCACAGCGAGGUGCUGAAAGCUUCCCUAUGAAGGUGCAUCGUUCCACAGAAACAAGCACCCACGAGAGUACCCUUCCUCACGAAGACUAUAGUCGCAAAUACAGCCCAGAUGUCAAGGAUAACGAGUACCGCCGCAGACAUGUCGCUAAUGAUAAUCGUGGAUACACGGCUGACCCACCUUCUCCACCUCUCUCGGACAAGCCACCAGAAUACUCACAGGUUUCCCAAAGUCAGGACCAUCUUGCUCGUCCAACAACCUUGAACACACAACCUGGUCAGAUCAUAUUCUGCAGCUCUUUAGAUCAAAUGACAGAAAAUAUGUACCGCAGCAUGGUUCCAACCUUGGUCAUUCCAGCACACUAUAUGCGUCUGUCAUCUGAGUUUGGUGGUUCUGAAGCUGGAAAGGAUGGGCAGAGUCAGGCUGAGAGGGAAAGGGAAGGCCAAGGAGGGGCAGGUAAUGGUGGUAGCAGUGGAGUUCUCGGGAGCCAAGGUCACCAGGUCCAAUGCCAGGGAUCAGGCCAGAUGCAAGCCCAGCAAGGAGUUGGGUCUCCAGACGGUUCUGAGGAGAAUGUGUGGGCAUCUGGAGGUCCGUCAGCACCAGUGCACAUUCCAGUGCUCUUUAACGAUUCCACCAUGGCACAGAUGAAUGGGGAACUCCAGGCACUAACCGAAAAGAAACUUCGAGAACUAGGAGUCAAGCAACACCCUCGUGCCUGGUUCAUAUCUCUUGAUGGGCGUGCCAAUGCUCAUGUGCGACACUCCUACAUUGAUGUUGCCUCAGAAUUUGCUCACAGUGGAGCUAAUAGCAGUAACCAUAGUGCUCAAAGCACAUUGAGUGCCCCUGCUGGCACCAGUAAGGAUUGCGGCCCGGACACAAGUCUCCAAGACACUCAACAGGAACGCAAGCAAGCAUCUGGACGAAAGAGCAAAGAGGAAAGGCAUGGAAAUGGGCGGAAGGUGCAUGGAGGGAGCAGCAGUGGGGGAAAGCACUAUUCGAAAUUGCCUUAUAAUGACCCUCUAGAUCUUGCUAGUGGAGUUGGCCGUAUGGGUGCAGGCUCGCCUCUCGAAAAUCCACUGACUCCCCUACUGGAUGACGGUCCAGAGGAACCACGAGGGUCACCAAUGCCAAGAAGAGGACGAAGCCGGGGAAACAGCUCACGUAGCAGCAACAGUGAGACCCAACGGGAUUCUGUCACCAGCCCAGAGGAUGAUAAUGACCCAGAUGACAAGGAUGAGAACAAGAAAAGUCCAUGGCAACGCAUUGAGGAACGGCCGCUUAUGGUGUUCCAUCCCAAGAAGUAAAACAGUAACAGAAAGAGACCAAGUCAAACCUUUUUACAUUUGAAGAAUGUGUCCACCUGGGUCCUGGACCAUGUUACACACUUCAGCACAAUAAGCAUCAUCUUUAAAAAGGAGCUUGUUUCAUGGAAAAAGGUGAUGCCCUUGUUUAACGAUGCGGAUAUAAGCAAAGAUGUACACAAUUUUUUUCAGGUUGGUGAUUGAAAGAAAAUUUUACAUAUAUUGGGGCAAUUUAAUUCAAUUCCUCCUAGCAGAAUAAAACAUUGUUAAAAUCAUUUUGUAAUUUAAAUACCAUCCUUAUAUUAACAAAAACUAUAUCUAUAAUUCUGAUGUGGAUAUGAGAGUAGAUAAAAGGUGAGUUUCUGGGAACAGAAGAGCAGAUGAGGUGACACUCUGUCAUAACACAUAUUCACCUCGAUGAUGCCUGGCUGAAGUCCCUUAGCCUAACAUGAAAUGCCAUUUUUACCGUAGGUUUAAAUAAGAAUAUUUCUUAAUGUACGUUAUAUACGUAAGUUUACAAUCAAAUAUGGCACAAAUGAAGUCGGAAAACUACAUACAAGACUGUUUUAAUUGCGUCUGAUUCAGCUUGGUGGUUGUCGUGGACUUUUGGAAUGGUGCCAUAAUCGAGUUAACUUGUUUUGAAAAAAAAAAAAAAGAUGAGACAUUGUGAUGAAGAGUGAAAGUUAACUUUUACGCUACUGGAUGUUUUCAAAUGUUCAUACUUGAUGUAUUUGAUGUUUUUGUAACACGCCGUGUUCCUGUGUACAUCCUGUUUCAUAUUCCCAGCGUACAUUUUCAUGUACAUACCUGUACCAAAUUCUCAGAUCCGACAGGAAGCAUUAUGUGUUAUUUAAUUCAUGUAUUAUUAAUGAAUCUUUCUUUUAAAUGUUGAUACCACUAAAUACUGGUUUAUAGACACAAACAUUCCCAAUGAUUAAUGUUUGUGUAUUUCACA